AUGGCUACCUCGCAGCGCGUGGUCAUUAUUGGCGCCGGAAUUGUGGGCACCAAUAUCGCCGACGAGCUGGUCUCGAGAGGAUGGAAUAAUGUCACCGUUGUUGAACAGGGCCCCCUCCGCAUGCCCGGCGGUUCGACCUCCCAUGCUCCAGGCCUGGUCUUCCAGACUACACCAUCCAAGACCAUGACCAAUCUAGCACGCUAUACUGUUCAAAAGUUAUUGUCGAUUGAGAAGGAUGGACAGAGUUGUUUCAAUCAGGUUGGUGGCCUGGAAGUCGCUACAACACCGGCUCGACUGGAGGAUCUCAAGCGCAAGCAUGGUUAUGCCUCUUCAUGGGGCAUUGAGGCUCGCCUCAUAGAUGCCGAGGAGUGUUUCCAAUUGUAUCCUCACCUCGAUCGAGACGUCGUCCUAGGUGGCCUCCACAUUCCCAGUGACGGUCUUGCCCUUGCCGCCCGCGCAACGCAGCUGCUCAUCGAACGCACUAGGAACGCUGGUGUCCGCUACCUUGGUGAAACUCCUGUCAUUGGUAUCGAGCGAUCAGGUCGUCGUGUGACGGGUGUGACAACCCCUAAAGGUUCAAUUUCUGCCGAUAUAAUCAUCUCAUGCGCUGGAUUCUGGGGUGUGGAGAUUGGUGCGAUGGUUGGUGUGUCCAUUCCUUUACUGCCAUUGGCCCACCAGUAUGCGAAGACCACUGCAGUACCGGCACUGGCUGGCCGUGAUGUCAACACGCGGAUGAACGGAAUGAAUGCAACACUGCCCAUCUUGCGGCACCAGGAUCAAGAUCUAUAUUACAGAGAGCAUGGUGAGCAGUAUGGAAUUGGAUACUACGGCCAUCGUCCGAUGCCUGUUGUUGCAGGAUCAUUAGGCUUGACGCCUAAGCAUGUCGACGAAAAGAACAUGCCAUCUCGUCUCGACUUUACGAAGGAGGACUUCGACCCCGCUUGGAAGGAGUCACAGAAGCUUCUUCCUGCUCUCCGAGGCACUCAGAUUGAAGAUGGUUUUAACGGUGUCUUUUCCUUUACCCCCGACGGCGGGCCUGUCAUUGGACAGGCACCAAACCUGGAUGGCUUCUGGGUUGCCGAAGCUGUGUGGGUCACUCACUCAGCUGGUGUUGCACGGGCUGUCGCUGAGGUUCUCACGACGGGCCAGUCUCAAAUCGACCUCACUGACUGCGAGCUAUCCCGGUUUGAGGAAGUACAGCUCAGUCGCGCCUAUAUCAAUGAAACCUCUGCACAAAACUUUGUCGAAAUUUACGACAUCCUCCACCCAUCACAACCCAAAGAGUCACCCCGAAACCUUCGCGUCAGUCCUUUCUACUCUCGGCAGAGGGACUUAUCCGCCUUCUUCCUUGAGCUCGGAGGCUGGGAACGUCCAUUCUGGUACGAAUCGAAUGCUUACUUGCUCAAAUGUCUUCCAGCAGAGUGGCAGCCCGUGGAGAGAGACGCCUGGUCAUCGCAAUUUUACUCCCCAAUCAUUGCAGCAGAAGCUUGGAAGACCCGCAAUGCAGUUGCUAUGUACGACAUGACUUCCUUUCACCGAUUUGAAGUGUCAGGCCCAGGCGCAGUACAUCUGCUCCAGCGCCUGACCACCGCCGACGUGGCCACCAAGACAGGUGCCAUUAGCCAUGCUCUUCUUCUCAAUGACCAUGGCGGCAUUCUCAGUGAUAUCUUUGUUGCAAGACUGGACGAAGACCUGUUUCAGGUAGGCGCCAACACUGCCACAGAUCUCGCCUACCUCUCACGCGAAGCUCGCCGGCAAGGACAGUGGGUCCAGGUGCGCGACAUCACCGGCAGCACCUGUUGCAUCGGUCUUUGGGGUCCUCGAUCCCGGGAUGUGAUCAGCACUAUAAGCACGAACGACUUCUCCAACAAGUCUUUCCCUUAUUUCACCGUGCAGAACGCCACUAUCAACGGUAUCCCGGUCACGGCACUACGCAAGUCCUACGUCGGCGAGUUGGGUUGGGAAAUUCAAACUAGCGCUGAGUAUGGCCAACGGCUCUGGGAUACUAUUUGGAAUGCGGGCAAGACACACGGUCUCAUUGCCGCCGGUCGGGGUGCCUUCAACGCACUACGCCUGGAGAAGGGUUACCGUACCUACGGCGUAGAUAUGAACUCUGAGCAUAAUCCUUAUGAAGCAGGUGUUGCCAGCGCUAUUCGAGCAAGCAAAUGGGAAGACUACGUUGGUAAGGCUGCCCUUGAGCGCCUUGUCAAGGAGAAACCUACUCGCCGGUUGCGUUGUCUCACUGUCGAUGAUGGACGCUCGAUGGUCCUGGGCAAGGAGCCUGUAUUCCUUGAUGGCAAGGCCGUUGGAUAUGUCACAACGGCCGCCUUUGGGUAUACGGUUCGGAAACCCAUUGCUUAUGCUUGGUUACCAAGCAAUGUGUCUGAAGGACAAGUUGUUGAGAUCGAGUACUUUGGUCGUCGGAUUCAAGCCACGGUCGCAUCCGAUCCAUUGUAUGAUCCGGAUUCGAGACGUCUGCUUGAUGACAAGCCAACCAUUGACUCGGCUCUACAGAAGCCGCUGAGACACCGGCUAUAG